AAUCAGAAAUGACUUCUACCCCAUUUAUCUGAAAACCCUACUCACCAUAUAUAUUUGAUUUCCAGUUCACACCUUCUUCAAGCGGUCCAGCUCUUAGUGGCAAUUCUGUUGCUUUGGUUGAUGCUGAAACUGUCUACGUUAAAGUAGAACUUUCAGUAAGGAGACCUCUCAGUCCUACCAGAGUUGGUUAAAGAACAAGUGCAGUUGAUCUUCCGCAUGAUGAAGAACCUUGGUAUUGCAGGGAUUGUACUGGCAGCGGUGUCUAUAGGGUACCUUUUAAACACCCCUAUACCACCCGACCUAGCAGAACCUUUGUAUUUCAGACUCUUUGUUGCUGGACUCAAAGUUACAGAUAUUCUGACUGCGUUGACCAUGUCCCUUCUGCCGUCCGACCCCAACCUUCACGUUCGUGCUCUGCGCUCCAUCAUAGAGAUAGGGCUCCCUGAUCCAAGCCAGCAGGCCAUCGGUUCGAAUCUCACGGCACGGUACACCAAUUUCGACGGCAUCCGCGUUCUCGUCUACGAGCCCGUUCACCGCCCCGACUCGCCCAUUCCGGCUCUGGUUUACUUCCAUGGAGGUGGAUAUGCUCUUGGAAGCACCAAACUCCAUGGUUAUCUGACGAGACAUUUGGCAGAAAGACUGAACAUAGUACUUGUCUCGGUUAACUAUCGACUAGCUCCCGAGCACCCCCUCCCAGCUGGUCCCGAUGACGGCGUCGUAGCAACAAGAUACCUCAUGCAGCACGCCGACGAGUUCGGCAUCGACCCUCAUCGCAUUAUUGUGGCUGGAGACAGCGCUGGUGGUCAUCUCGCGACCAUCGUCACCCAUCGAAUCCACGAUGACAGCAGUCUACCCGACCUCAAGCUCCAAGUCCUCUUCUACCCCUGGCUCCAAGCGUUGCACUUCCACACCCCAUCCUACCAGCUCUAUCAUCACACAUUCGGGGAACUUGGAUUGUCCAGAAGCAAGGUUGUGGGUUUUGUUGCUUACAAUAUCAUCCAGAGACUAGAUGCCGACUUCGAGAGGAAGGUGAUGAGGAACAUGCAUAUGAGCCCCGAAUUCAAGAGGUCAGCUCAAUUUCAAAUGGUCUUCGAUCAUAACAUCAUUCACGAAAAGCUUGCGAAUGUAUCUCUCAAUCAGGAUAUAACGGACCUUGAUUCCUCGUAUACAUCGUAUCCAUUCGAUUCGCUCUCCGACUCGAUCCCGAAAGCGACAUUCCUCUCCUCGCUGGCACUGUCGCCAUCGACACUCUUAUCAUCAGUGAUACCCUUGCCAACCGAUUACCAGACUCCACUCUUAUCAUACGAGCCCUUAGAUGCGUUCGAACCCGGUAACGAGACAUACUGGGCCGAGAUCCAGCACCAUUUUCUUGAAGGGAUGUCGCCCCUUUUGAGGGAAGACAUGACUGGCCUUCCAAAAGCUUUCAUCGCCACUGCAGAUCAGGACGUUCUCCGGGACGAUGGCAUCUUUUACUCCCAUGCUCUGGAGCAAGGGGGCGUGGAAGUGGAUUGGAUCAACUACAGAGGGGCGUGGCAUGGUAUGGCUGAUCUUGGUAUCCGUAGAGGUCUUCCCAUUGGUAUCAAGAUGGUAGAAGAUGCCAUUGCAUUCAUCCAAGACAAUAUUUGAUGCUUAUAUCAUCUUGCUUGCGUAAUUUCAUCAUACUAGUGAGGGGUACACAUGGUGUCACAAUAAAGAUACGUGGCUUUGGUCAUGUUGGAGAGUUCACUUCAGAAGGGCCAGUACACUUUACUGUACCAAGGAUUCUUGGAUACCUGGUGUUUGGACUGGUCUAGUCUCUCCAUUUGUAUAAGGGCGAACGAAGAUUAUGUUGAAGCCAUUCGCGACAGUGUUCUUCUUUAUCGUUUUGUUGAUUAGUUAUAAUAGACACCCAUUCUCUUGAAAGAGAGAGUCUAAACUAAACAUGGUACGUAAAAAAGAACGAUAGGGACAAUGUAGAUGCAUGGUAUAUGACCGUUGGAUGGCUCAGAGUUCUGAUCAUGGGUUUGUCCAGAGAAGCAGGGGAAGCAGGUUUAUUCUUAUAAGUAUCCGUGUUCGCAUGGAGGAACAUGUAACUGACCAAACGCUCAUUCUCAUCUCUCUUGUUUGUGCAUCCCGCAUUCUCUUGCAUCGGUCUUUCAAGUAAAUUGUAUUUGUGGAACAUUGAUGCAAAAGCAGGGGGCGUGGCAUUUAGUAGCUGGCAUUACAGACCAAUAGGAGGUAUUGCAUUGUUCUUUUGAACUAAUAUGGAAAUAUUUGACGUUCAUUAUUCUUCUUGAAUCCUAUCAAUUAGAACCAUGUCUAAGAUAUAUUGGGGUAAGGAUGUGGAGAGGAAUCAAGUAAAACGGGGAAAGACGCCGAUGGGAGCCGUAUAAGAUAAUUACUAUGUGUAUCCUUGAGAUGUAUUUAGUUCAUGUGUGAAGCAUGAUACAGUGAUUGAUGAAGCCAAAACGAAAUAUUAUGUAAAUACUACAAAGACUACUAUGUGUAGGCCUAUAUAUGUUAAUACAUAAUAAAAUAUGUGUUCCAUAAUGUAAAUAUUUAUUAAAAGGUGCUAUAUUGAAUCAAUUAUAACCAUAAAUUACGUUUGCUUAUGUAACGAGAUUCAUUUUGAAAUAAAACCAAUAAUGACAAUAAAAAUUCUUUUUCUAGGGGGGAGGGGCUUGACAAGUCUCUCCAUUUGUAUGAGGGCGGUCGAAGAUUAUGUUGAAACAAUUCAAGAUAACAUCCUUCUUUAUCGUUUUAAUAAAUGAGUCUAAACAUGGUAAAAACGACAGAUAGGGACCGUGCAUUGUACAUGACUGUGUUGGAUAGCUCAGAGCCCUGAUAAUGGGUUUGUCCCGAGAAGCAGGUUUAUCAUGUUCAUUCUUAUAAGUAUCCUUGUUCGCAUGGAGGAACAUGUAAUUGUCCAGAUGCUCAUUCUAAGCUCUCUUGUUUGUGCAUUUCCGCAUUUUAUUUCAUCGGUCCUUCAUGUAAAUUGUAUUUAUGUAACAUUGAUGCAAAAGGGGGCGUGGUAUUUAGUAGCUGGCAUUACAGUCCUCUAUGAGGUAUUGCAGUGUGCUUUUGAACGAAUAGGGAAAUAUUUGACUUUCAUUAUUCUUCUUGAAUCCUAUAAAUUAGAACCAUGUAUUUGAUGUAUUGGGGUGAGGAUGUUGAAAGGAAUCAAGCAAAACGGGGAAAGACGCCAAUUGGAGCGGUUUUGGUAUUUGCAUCCUCGUGAUGUAUUUAGUUCAUGUGUGACCCAUGAUACAGUGAUUGAUGAAGCCAAAUGGUCACGAAACGUACUCUGUAAAUAUCACUCUGGGUAUAUAUGUUAAUAAAUAAAAUAUCUGUUCCAUAUUGUAUUAAAAGGUGCUAUAUUGAAUCCAUUAUAACAAUGUGUGUGAUUAUGUAACGAUAUUUAUUUUGAAAUAAAACCAACAAUGACAAUAUUUUUUUUUCUGGGGGGACUUUACAAGUCUUUCCAUUUGUAUAAGGGCGGUCGAAGAUUAUGUUGAAACAAUUCAAGAUAACAUCCUUCUUUAUCGUCUUAGUGAAUGAAUCUAAACAUGGUAAAAACGACAGAUAGGGACCAUGCAUUGGAUAUGACUGUGUUGGAUAGCUCAGAGCCCUGAUAAUGGGUUUGUCCCGAGAAGCAGGGGGUUUAUUCUUAUAAGUAUCCUUGUUCGUAUGGAGGAACAUGUAACUGACCAGAUGCUCAUUCUCAUCUCGCUUGUUUGUGCAUCCCGCAUUCUCUUGCAUCGGUCUUUCAUGUAAAUUGUAUUUAUGUAACAUUGAUGUAAAAGGGGCGUGGUAUUUAGUAGCUGGCAUUGCAGUCCUAUAUGAGGUAUUGCAUUGUUCUUUUGAACGAAUAGGGAAAUAUUUGACUUUCAUUAUUCUUCUUGAAUCCUAUAAAUUAGAACCAUGUAUUUGAUGUAUUGGGGGUGAGGAUGUAGAAAGGAAUCAAGCAAAACGGGGAAAGACGCCAAUUGGAGCGGUAUUGGUAUUUGCAUCCUAGUGAUGUAUUUAGUUCAUGUGUGAACCAUGAUACAGUGAUUGAUGAAGCCAAAUGGUCACGAAACGUACUCUGUAAAUAUCACUCUGGGUAUAUAUGUUAAUAAAUAAAAUAUCUGUUCCAUAUUGUAAAUAUUGUAUUAAAAGGUGCUAUAUUGAAUCCAUUAUAACCAUGUGUGUGCUUAUGUAACGAGAUUUAUUUUGAAAUAAAAACAACAAUGACAAUAAUUUUUUCCUUGGGGGGGGGGGAACUUUACAAGUCUUUCCAUUUGUAUAAGGGCGGUCGAAGAUUAUGUUGAAACAAUUCAAGAUAACAUGCUUCUUUAUCGUCUUAGUGAAUGAGUCUAAACAUGGUAAAAACCGACAGAUAGGAAACAUUCAUUGCACAUGACUGUGUUGGGUAGCUCAGAGCCCUGAUAAUGGGUUUGUCCCGAGAAGCAGGUUCAUCAUGUUCAUUCUUAUUAUGAGUAUCCUUGUUCGCAUGGAGGAACAUGUAAUUGGCCAGAUGCUCAUUCUAAGCUCUCUUGUUUGUGCAUUUCCGCAUUUUAUUUCAUCGGUCUUUCAUGUAAAUUGUAUUUAUGUAACAUUGAUGUAAAAGGGGCUUGGUAUUUAGUAGCUGGUAUUGCAGUCCUAUAGGAAGUAUUGCAGUGUGCUUUUGAACUAAUAGGGAUAUAUUUGACAUUCAUUAUUCUUCUUCAAUCCUAUCAAUUAGAACCAUGUCUUAAGAAUAAGGAUAUAGAGGGGACUAAAAUAAAACUGGACAAAAACGCCAAUUGGAGCGGUAUAGGAUGAUUGGUAUUUGUCUCAAAGAGAUGUAUUUAGUUUAUUUUGUAAACCAUGAUACAGUGAUUGAUGAAGCCAGAUUGUCACGAAAUGAACUCUGUAAAUAUUACUCUGUGUAUAUAUGCUAAAAAUAAGAUAAUUUUGUGUUCCAUAUUGUAAAUAUCGCAUUAAAAGGUGCUAUAUUGAAUCCAUUAUAACCAUGUGUGUGCUUAUGUAACGAGAUUUAUUUUGAAAUAAAACCAACAUCUGAC